GAAUGGUCAACAAUGUUUUUUGUAUGUGUACUCCUAUCAUUUAUUGGACCAUACACAAUUUUCUGUACAUUGUGUCCAGUCAAAGGGGCCAUUCUACUCAGGAGCACUUGUAGUUUCCAAAUCCACAGAGUUUACACCCAGAGGAGCYUUGCUGCUCAUUUUGUGGCCACUCUUUAAAGGCCAAUCAGCUUAAAUCCAAUAGUUUUUUCAUGCUGGACAUACACAAUUUUCUGUAUGUUGUGUAAAGAAAAUAGACAAAUACAUCAUCUUAUAGAAAUACUUUUAAUUACUCUUUGUAUGAUAACUAGUAUAAAAUAUAUUGAUGAUUGUGCACAUUUUCCAUCAUUUUCAAAAGUAUACAGGACUUGACUCUUAUUCUGAAGGAUAAAAAAAAUUCUUUGACCCAGAAGUACAUAGUUAUUCUUGCCAGCUUCACAGCGGUAGAACAUAGAACAGCGGAAUAAUUAUGUUUGAGGAGUCAGGCAACAGCAUCAGAGCAAGUCACUCCCUCCUCUUACCAUCAGAGACCUGUUCAGGUUACUGUUUCUGGAACACAUUUGUCUGAGUAAUUCAGCAAUGAUGGCAAUAGGUAUUGAUCCAGAAGUUGAUGCUUUGUUUUUGCCUAUUCUCCCUUUUUCUCUCCCUCUCCCCCUUUUGCUCUCUCGCCCUGUAGUUGAGGAUAUGUCAGAGGAGGAUUUGCAGGAGAAAGCACUGAGCUCAGCCAGGCUCUCUCUGAGUGGGAAGACAGAGUUGGAGAGAGCAGCCGUCUUACAUCAGCACAUCGGCAGCAGAACUAUGGGAGACAUGGUCAUCGAGACCUUCGCACCCAACCCUGAUAAAGAAGAGGGUGAGCAGACUGGGGCAGAGGGAGAGGAGGGUGGAGGAGCCCAACCCCUAGAGGAUCAACCAGACGGGAGGGGUCCUACUGAGGGCCCUACAGAGGUCAGUGCCGAGGGCACAGAGGUGGCUCUAGACUCGCCCUCCAAGCAGCUUCCAGACCAGAUCUCCUUCUUCAGUGGAAACCCUUCAGUGGAGAUAGUCCACGGCAUCAUGCACCUCUACAAGACCAACAAGAUGACAUCACUGACGGAGGACGUGCGUCGCAGUGCCAUGCUGUGUAUCCUGACCGUCCCCACCACCAUGACAAGCCACGACCUCAUGAAGUUUGUGGCACCAUUUUAUGAUGUCAUGGAGCACAUGAAGAUCAUACGAGACUCCACCUCUAACCAGUACAUGGUGCUGAUCAAGUUUAGUAGCCAGGCUGAUGCAGAUAGUUUCUACACAGCGUGUAAUGGCCGUACGUUCAACUCCAUAGAGGAUGCAGUCUGCCAGCUGGUCUAUGUGGAGAGAGCUGAGGUCAUCAAGUCUGAGCAGGGCGCCAGUCUUCCAGUGAUGGAGCUGACAGAGCUUCCUAAGUGUACCGUGUGUCUGGAGAGGAUGGAUGAGUCAGUGAAUGGGGUUCUCACUACACUCUGUAACCACAGCUUCCACAGCCUGUGUCUGCAACGCUGGGAGGAUGCCUCGUGUCCUGUGUGUCGGUAUUGUCAGACCCCAGAGCCUGUAGAGGAGAACAAGUGCUUUGAAUGUGGAGUUCAGGAGAACCUUUGGAUCUGUCUGAUCUGUGGUCAUAUCGGCUGUGGUCGCUACAUCAGUCGUCAUGCCUACAAACACUUUGAGGAGACGCAACACACGUACGCCAUGCAGCUCACUAACCACCGUGUCUGGGACUAUGCUGGAGAUAACUAUGUUCACAGGCUGGUGGCCAGUAAGACUGAUGGGAAGAUGGUUCAGUACGGGUGUGAAGGAGAAACCUGUCAAGAGGAGAAGAUAGACGCUCUGCAACUAGAGUACUCUCACCUGCUAACGAGUCAGCUGGAGUCCCAGCGCAUUUACUGGGAGAAUAAGAUUGUUCACCUGGAGAAGGACACCGCAGAGGAGAUCAACAACAUGAAGGCCAAGUUUAAGGAGACCAUAGAUCGAUGUGAUAAUCUGGAGCGUCGGCUGGGGGAGCUGGCCAAGGACAAACAGGGCAUGGACAAGAAGUGUGGUCAGUUGUCGACCCGUGUGACGAAGCUUGGUCAGGAGCUGAAAGAGGAACAGGAAAUGAACCGCUGUCUGAGAGCCAAUCAGGUUCAGCUACAGGCCCAGUUGGCUGAAGAUGAGCACAAGGCUAGAGAGACUGGCGAGCGUAAGGAUGGGGUGAUAGCAGAGCUCCAGGAGCAGCUGAGAGAUGUCAUGUUUUACCUGGAGACUCAGCAGCAGAUACAAAGUCUGCCUCCAGAGACCAGGACUGAGAUACAGGAAGGACACAUCAACAUAGGCGCAGCAGUCACUCCUGCCCCAGGACCCUCCACCGCCAUAGGCCGCAGGGGGCGGUCCAAAAAGGGGAAGUAGAGAAGACACAACCAGGAAGUGGAGAGAGGAAGAGAUGUCGGCCUUCACUAAUUACCACAGCCACAAAGUCAUAAACCCUGCCUAUUUCUACA